UUAUAUUAUCAUGCUUUCUUCUCCACCUGAUAAUAAAACAUUUGCUAAGUUAAAAAAUGAUUUGAUAUUAAGGGCUAUUAAGAUGGAGAAAGUUGAGAGAGUGCCUGUUUGGAUUAUGAGGCAAGCUGGAAGAUACUUGCCUGAAUUUAGAGAGAUUAGAGAGAAGCAUGAUUUUUUCGAAAUUUGUCAAACACCUGAAUUAGCUUGUGAAGUUACAUUGAUGCCUAUUAGAAGAUUUGCAUUAGAUGCUGCUAUAAUAUUCUCUGAUAUUUUAGUUAUUCCACAAAGUUUGGGAAUGAUUAUAGAAAUGAAAGAGGGAAAAGGCCCAGUAAUACAAAAUCCUUUAACAACUCCAACAGAUAUUAUAAAAUUAAAUUGGCCUAAAUUUAACCAAGCCAAUGUGAUAAUUGAUGUCAAUGAGGUAAAAACAGAAGGUAUGAAAAUUGAGGUGUUAAAAAAAGUUUACCAAGCAAUUACAUUAACACGUAUUAGUUUGAAUGGAAAAGUGCCACUUAUUGGGUUUUCUGGAGCACCUUGGACACUGAUGGCUUAUAUGAUAGAAGGUGGUUCAUCAUUAACAUUCUUAAAAGCAAGGUCCUGGCUAUAUAAAUAUCCUGAUGAAAGUAUAUUUCUAUUACAAAAACUCUCGGAAGUAAUUGCUCAUCAUCUGAUCCAACAAGUCAAAGCUGGUGCUCAGAUUCUUCAAAUUUUUGAGUCGCACGCAGAAUGCAUGAACAAACAAUUAUUCCAAAGAUUUAGCAUCCCUUACCUCAAAGCUAUAGCCAACGUCGUCAAGUCCUCCUUUGACAAAGAGACCACUCCUCCUUUAAUUCUAUUCGCCAAAGGAGUUCAACAUUCUUUAUCACUUUUAAAUUCUCUAGGAUACGACGUUAUAAGCUUGGAUUGGACUUUAGAUCCAGAGGAAGCCAAGAAAAUAUUAGGGCCCAAUAUAGUUCUUCAAGGCAAUUUGGAUCCCAGCGCAUUAUUUAGCUCCAAAGAAGCUCUCCAGAACCUGACCACUGACAUGAUUUCUCGAUUCGGAACUAAAGGUUACAUAGCUAACCUGGGACAUGGUAUAUAUCCAGAAACACCUAUCGAAAAUGUUUCUUACUUUAUCGAGGCAGUUCAUUCUUACCCGACUAAUCUAUAAAUUAACUAUGCUCGUCUCCUUUUUUUACAAAUAUUUUAUUUCUCUUUUUCAUUUAUUUUAUAAAGAUUUUGCACAUAUUAUUUGUAAGAUAGUUAUCGUAAAAUAUUUUAUUUCUGACAUCUGGUGUCUUAAUCCCCAUCAUUAAUCCACUUAACCCUGCAUAUAAUAUAUUCUUCAGAUAUUUUAUAAUCAUCUUUCAUUAAUUUUCUUUAGGAAUUAUUUUCCAGACUUUUUUUAUAAUAUCAAACAAAACUUCAUAAUGAUGAUGCGUUACACAUUUAUAUUAUGUAAUCAUAUUUUUUUUUUUAAAAAAUAAU